AUGUUUUGCUGGGGCAAUGCAACUCAUCACGAACUCUGUAUUGAAUGUCCCGGCAACCUUGACCUGGUAAUAAAGCCAACAUUAUCAAAAUGGAAGGAGAGUAACCAUAUUCAACAAAUCUCAGCUGGAGAGUUCCAUACAUUGUAUUUAUCAAAUAAUGGUCAUCUGUACACAUGUGGCAGUAAUGAAGUUGGCCAACUCGGCCGACAGACUAAUUCCGCUGAUGGAACAUCUCCAGUUUUAGUAGAUACAUUUAAAGGAUGCACAUUAUCAACUAUAGCUUGUGGCUUACAACAUUCAAUGGCACUUGAUGAAUGGGGGCAACCAUUUAGUUGGGGUUCGGACAGUAUGGGACAAUUGGGUAGCAACUUAGGUUCACACGCCCAAGAUAAACCCAAAAUUAUAAAAACCCUGGCUACAAAAAAUGUGAUUCAAGUUGCUUGCGGAUCCUACCACACAGUAGUUUUAACAAAUAAUGGAGAUCUUUAUGCAUGGGGAGCUAACAGUUAUGGUCAAUGUGGUCUGGGAAACAGAUCAAACAAGGAAACCACACCACAGGCUUUAUCAUCUAUACUUGGAAUACCAAUAGCACUGAUUGCUUGCGGCAGUAACCACACUUUUGCCUUAUCACAGUCCGGUGCUGUUUUUGGAUGGGGAAAAAAUAGUCAUGGACAACUUGGCUUGCAAGAUAGAGAAAGUAGGUGCUAUCCAACACAUUUGAAGACAUUAAGGAAUGUUAAGGUUUGUCAUAUAUCAUGCGGCGAAGAUUUCACGGCGUUCUUGACUUUAGACGGAGGUGUUUUUACUUGUGGUGCCGGCGAGUACGGUCAGACGGGGCAUGGUAAUACUAAGGACGAACUGGUACCGCGGAAGGUGAUGGAGCUCAUGGGUAGCACAGUCACUCAGGUCGCGUGCGGCCGUCGACACAUGUUAUGCCGUGUGGGAGAGCGUAUCUUAGCGUGUGGUUACGGAGCUAGGGGUCAACUGGGAUGUCCGCACAUGGCCUUCGCCCUCGUCCCAACACCAGUGACCUUCACGCCAAACGACGAGUCCCCAACUGAACCCUGUGGGAAGGAUCAGCCAAGGAAGAAAUCCAAGACGGAGAGUUCUGUGGUAUUGCAUAAGUCUGGUGCCGGCACCUCCAAACUUAAUUUCUCACCAGAGAUAUUCAGUGGUCCAGUGAAGGUGUUUGCCGGUGGUGAUCACAGCUUCCUUAUUCUGAACAGUGAGAAGUCUCCGGCAGACUGUCGAGUGCCAGAUGCCAGUAAACAAAUACUGUCACUUAGUAAUGCCAAGCUAGUGCCAUGUCUGGUGUUCAAGAAUAACGAUGUUGUUAGUCAGGAUUUAAUGGCUUAUCUGGAGACAGUAUUCGGUUCAUUGGGGUGUAUCAAUAGUUCUUUUCUGUUACCUCAAAAUGGACACUUUGGAUGCAACACUAAAGUGCCAGGUGUUGAUUUAAAGAAAGCCGAGGAAGCUUUUACAUUGAUUAGCAGAAUUGAGAAUUUAACUAUACAGGAACUGAUAUUCAACAAUUUAACGGAGAAUAUUAUAAAGAAAGUGAAGGUGUCCCCACCAGAUGCUGAGGCCUUGAGAGUUUUCUUACUAUUGCCACUCUAUCAUGAGAUGAGGAAUCCUCGCAGACAUCCUGAACUACAGGGUCCAUUCGCCGAGGCUUUCAACAAUCUAUCGACUCACCCUCAGCGUAUAGUUCAGUUGUGGUGGGAGGCUCAGUCUACUGAUUACUUUGAGAUGUUGGUUGAUAUCUUUAAGAGCGUCAUCGUGUACGAACUGAUGCAGCCGGUGGUUAGAACAAUGAAGAAAAUCUAUUUCACCAAGAGCAUGGUCCAGAUAUUGAACACAUUGACGUCGUUGAAUAAAAUAAAUUUCACGAAUCCAAAGAAUCCUAAGAUACCAGCUGAAUGUUUCUACAUUGAGAAUCUUUGUAACUACGUUGACAUAGCAACAGACUAUAUCAACUGGCUGUCGGAUCAAGAUUCGUCACAACCACAUCUAUGUAACUACGCGUUCCUAUUCGAUGUCCAAUGCAAAUCCCUACUACUGAAAAUCGAUCAGCAAGUACAAAUGCAAAUCGCCGUGAAUCAAGUAACAACACAAAUAUUCACACGUCUGUUCAUGGAUCCGACUUACGAAUAUCAAAGAGACCAAUUUCUGAUAUUAACAGUGUCGAGAAACCAUUUAGUAAGGGACACGAUGCUGCAAAUAAGCAAUCAUGAUACAUCCCAAUUGAAGAAACCUCUAAGAGUAGAAUUUGUAGGCGAAGAGGCUGAGGACGCUGGUGGCGUUAAAAAGGAAUUCUUUAUGUUACUAUUAAAAGAAAUAUUUGAUCCAGUGUACGGGAUGUUCAAACAGUCGGAAGAGACUAAUAUGAUAUGGUUCUCAAACAAUCCCUUCGAGGACGAAGUCAUGUACUACUUGAUAGGAGCUAUAUACGGUCUAGCGAUAUAUAAUUCAAUAAUUAUCUACGUUCCGUUCCCGCUAGUGUUGUACAAGAAGUUGUUAGGUGAAUCUGUUAUGUUAGACGACCUGUCUGAUCUAUAUCCAACACUAGCCAGCAGUCUUAAACAUUUAUUGGACUAUCCCGACGAAGAUGUUGAAGAAGUAUUCAGUUUGUGUUUCGCUGUAAACACUGAAGUCUUUGAUCAAAUACAAGUACAUCCUCUUAAGAAGAACGGUGAGAAUAUAUCAGUGACACAUGAGAAUAAGAACGAGUAUGUUGAUCUGUAUGUUGAUUUUCUUCUAAACAAAUCUGUGGAAAAUCAGUUCAGGGCUUUCAAUCAAGGAUUUCAGAAGGUAUGUGGCGGUAGAAUAAUAAAGCUGUUCAGAUCCCACGAGCUACAGUCGGUGGUGAUUGGGAACGAGGAAUACGACUGGGAGAUGUUUGAGAACAACUGCGAGUACAAGAACGGGUAUACGGCCACCGACCCACAGAUAAGAUGGUUCUGGGAGGUUUUCCACGAGUUGCCGCUAGAAGAUAAAAAGAAAUUCCUACUCUUUCUAACCGGCAGUGACCGUGUCCCCAUUCAAGGAAUGAGAGAUAUAAAGAUAAGAAUCCAGCCAGUAGCUGACGAUAGAUUCUUCCCAGUGGCUCACACGUGCUUCAAUCUUCUAGACCUGCCUCGUUACCAGACCAAAGAGAGACUUAAAUAUCACUUAUUGAUGGCUAUACAACAGACGCAGGGUUUCUCGCUAUUAUAA